AUGGAUGAUCAAUUAAUUGAUAGAAGUUAUUUUACAACACUUUAUAAACAAAUUAGAUUACAAGAGUUUCUAGAGGUGGCACAUACCAUUCUUCAAGAUCGUUUAGAGAAUGGAUUUGGAAAAACAGUUAAAGGUGUACCGUUAGGUUGUUUACCAGUAGAAUUGUUUAGAGAGCAUUUCUCUACCUUUAGAUAUUGGAGAAGCUAUACCAAAGAGCGUCCAGCCUUUAUUAAUAAUGAAAAAGUUAUGGUACAACAUUUAUACUUUACUUUUAAUGCUAGAUCUGGUUUUCCAACACUUUCAAGUGGUAAAGAAUGGGUUAAAAAAAAGGUUGAGAAAAAGGAUUCAAACAAUCCUGCAGACGUCGCCAUACAUGAAUAUCAAAAAGUUACAUUCAUCAUUUCAAUCAGAGAUACCAGAGUAGAAUGUGACUUCAAAAUGGCUACAAAUACACCAGGAAGUGAACAAGCACAACAACAACAACAACAACAACAACAACAACAAUUGGGUGAUAUACCAAUAAAACAACAAAUUACCUCUUCAAAUAAUAGUGGUAACUCACAACAACAACAACCACAACAACAACAACAACAACAACAACAACAACAACAACAACAACAACAACCACAACAACAACAACAACAACAACAACCACAACAACAACAACACUUACAACAACAACACCAACAACAAGUUCAACAAUUACAACAACAACAAUUACAACAACAACAAUUACAACAACAACAAUUACAACAACAACAAUUACAACAGCAACAAUUACAACAACCUCAAUUACAACAAAUGCAACAACCACAACAACAACAACAACAACAACAACCUCAAUAUACACCACAACAAUUAAUGCAAUUCCAACAAAUGCAACAAGCUCAACAACAACAACAACAAGCUCAACAACUUCAACAACAAAUGGGAUCUUCACCAACUCAUAGUUCACCAACCAUUAAACAAGAGGGUUUAACCGGUUAUACACAAAUACCUCAAGGUGGUAUCAUAAAUACCAAUACCAAUCUCAAUGGUACAGGAGGAGUGUCACCAAAUCAACCAAUGCCAAAUUCCUCUCCAAUCCUACCAACUAAUGCUUCGUCUGUUGUACCACCAGUAGUAUCACCACCAUUACCUACUAGCAAUAAUAAUAGCAAUAAUUUAGGAACUACAAGUCCCCAACAAUCGAAUUCUUCUGAAAUAUCUCAUCAACCAAUUGUACCAUUGAAUCCUUGA